CUUCCUUUUUCAGUUGAUCGUGAAUAGUCUUUAAUGGCACACCAGAAGUCAAAGUAUAUAAUUGGACCGCGAAAAAGUGAAAAAACCGAAAAGUAUUGAUACUUAAUACUUGGAAGCUUUUGGAUACGUCAGCGAAACAUCCGGGAAGCAGUUAAUCUGCGUGAUAACCUACACCUUUUGGAUUUAUCCGGCAGAAUAAAUAAACGCGUACCGAAGUAAAGAUUUGAUUCCGGGAAGUGAAAAUUUAGAUUUUUGUCGCACAAGAGCAAAGAAGGAUCUUGCUUCAGACUGUAAGCUUGUAGGAGCUGCGUUCGCACGAGCCAGUAUACGAAUAGCUCCAGUAGCUACAAUGAUGCAGAAGGCAAUGGGGAAGACGAGCUGCUUUGCGGCCAUAAUCCUGUUGAUUACCGCUGGAUUAGCGGCUGAAGUUUGCGCUGAGGCGGUUGACGAUGGACGGGAGAAAUCUGCUGCUCAACAGUACUUUGAUGCCGUGGCACCGGAAGAUCAUGAAAGAUUCAUCAAAUACCACUUGGACAAGGGCCUGGAGCAGCGUAUUCCGAACUAUGUCAGUACCACUCCGGAUGACUUCGAUUUCGUUCCAUUCCAGGAAAUCGUUCAACAACCGGAAAAUUUUUCCAUCAACCUGCUGAAUCAUUUCGAGAGUGUCUUCGGAUUGAGAGAUCGGGAUGUAUACAACUACGUCAAGCACAACGUGGUGUGCACUCCGGAGGGACUGUGCUUCAAUCCAGGUGAUGUCGGUACAAUUUGCUGCCCGUUCUAAGAUGUGAAUCAGUGAAUCCCGCUUUGACAUACGUCGGUGUGGUAUUUAAUCAAAUGAGAAAAUUAUAAGAGCUGAUCAAACUGUGCUCGUAUUUCCGAAUUUUAUAUAUUUAACAGCAGUAAUAAAAUUGUUUUUCAGACACCACA